UGUAGCUUUUUUUGUUGUCGAAGAGCCUUGUUCACAAGAGGCAGGUUAGAUUUGUGGAAGCUAGAGGAGCUCCCCUGCAUACAUUCUAACCUGCGUUUUCAAGCAAAUCGGACUUCCAGUCCAUUAUAGCUGCGUAAUGUCGUCCGAAAAUCUAUCAGAUACUCAGAUGGAAUAUGAGGAUGAGAAACAGGACUCUCAGGAAAAGAAUGCCAACCUUGUGAAGGGUGAAGAGGUCAAGCUGAAGGCCAAGUACCCCGGCCUGGGCCAAAAGCCUGGAGGCUCCGACUUCCUCAUGAAGAGGCUACAGAAAGGGCAAAAAUACUUUGACUCAGGUGACUACAACAUGGCCAAGGCCAAGAUGAAGAACAAACAGCUGCCUGUGGCGGGCCCCGACAAGAACCUCGUCACAGGGGACCACAUUCCCACGCCACAGGACCUGCCCCAGAGGAGGUCCUCCUUGGUGACCAGCAAACUAGCAGGCUAGCCUAGCCUCCACCCAUCCACCAGGCCCCCAGCUAACGUUCCUCACCUGUCCCCCAACAAUGUCCCCCCCCUAGUCAUCUCCAGGCUCCACUUGGCUUUAACAUAUCGGGGAGAGCUGUGAAAGUCAGUACAUAUUGCUUGUAUGGUGGGGAGGGGAGGUGAGCUGGGACCUUUUCUACCAUCACUCCACACAGCUCUGCCCUCUGCGCACUCUGCUCCAUCGCCUCCCUUAUGUCUUGGUUUGGUGUUCAGAGGUACAUAAAGUAGAUGUGCCAUCGGGGAGGCUGAGUUUAAUGCACUUUGUAUUAUGUACAGUACGUUUUUGCAUCCCGAACAACACCAAAAUAUGUUGUUGACGAGGGAGUUGGGAACCAUGAUCGCUCCACAUUUUUCGAUGUUGUGUUCUCGUCAAAGCUGGGUGUAGAUGUUUGCGUAUUUUGCUUGCACACCAAAUCUGGGAGGGAAGGGAACCAUGGUGAAGUAUCCAAAAGGAAGGGAGUGGUAAUCAGAGGGAAAUGUGGAAACUGAUUUGUGGUUUCCUUUAUCUCAUGUUCUGUCAAACAAAAAUCCAAGGUCGUCCACGCUGACCUGAACGAACAGAUAUGAAACUGCACAUUUUCUGCUCAUGUCGCUUUAAUUCUUGACUCCCUGUUGCUCUUCUUUUUUAAAUAUGCUGCAUGAUUGUAACAUGUAACGAAAUGUGCAAAUCUGGAGGGGUUAGACGACUGAUAGGAAGUAGCACGCAACCAAAUGGAGCCCUGGAAUGUCCAUGGUCACUCUCCACACCUUCCCUCCCUCUCAAUGUCCUGACAAUCCACACACUCUGUCUGUAGGCUGCCCAUGGUGAAAGCAAUGGCAAAGCAAACUGAAUACCCAUGUAUAAUUUGUAAGGCUGGGAAAAGAAGCAACUGUUUAAUAUUCAAGUUAAAUCUCAGUUCUGUGGCUAUUACAUCACAUCAAAAAGCCUAAAUGAUUUGUAGGGGAUCAAUUCGGUGUAAAUUUCUGUAUUGUGUUGAGAAAUGACAUUUUGUUAUGAUUUGUGUCUUCAUAAAGGGUUGUUUGUUCAUUGUCACGUAUUAGCCAUUUACUACAAUCUGGCUCUUUUCACUGUUAAUGGCAGCUCCUGUUGAGAAACUCUUCCAGUAAUAGAAGAUUAUUACCUAGUUCCCAAUUACAUUACUUGCUAAACCUCUCCUCGGUCUCUCCUUCAAAUUCAACAUAGUAGGAGCCUCCCAGUGUACUGCUAAAGCAUAUAGCCUUACGUAUUGACAUUCUAAAUAUAAAAAUCUGUGACGUCAGUAAUGGGGUAAACAGUCGGCCACCGGAUAAACUGGCCCUGACUGGCCCCUGGCUCACACAGACCUAACUGGGACACAGCGUGUUUUAGAGAUAUGCUUACUUGACGAAUGGCAAAGGGAAGGGAUUUUAUGACAGGGGGAGGGGCAAAGUGUGAGUGUGGACUUAGUUGACCCUGCUCACACGUGUUGGUAUGGUACAACUUGCCAAAUAAUUAUGGUCAGAGGUGUGUUAGAUAAAUCAUACAAAAGUAAAAUGCUUGUACUCUGGUUUAAAGGUCAGAGGUUGUAGGCUAUGUUAUCACCUGAAUUAGUUGUCCUAUCUCAAUGUAUCACACAAUACACACUUGAUCACUCCUUUCUUGGCACCUUUUGAAUAUUCCCUGUGUCUAAUUGCAGGGAAGAAGAUCAUUGGCAUUGGGUGUGCUUGUCUGGGUUAGUAUGAAUGUGCUACUGUUCUCUGUCCCAACAGGUGUAAAUAGGCUUUUGGGGGUUGAGGAUUUAUUUUUUAUUUUUGUUGAUUUCACUACUUGUAGUUCUCUGAUUCAAUGUUUCCUUUCUCCUGUCAUUGAAUACACUACUUAAGCUUCAUAUAUAUAUAUAUUUUUUACUACAGAGACAUUAAUCUGUAUAAUAUGAAUGUGUGUAAAUGCUGCUGAUUCAGUCGAUGACAAAUCUUUUAAACUGAGAUAUUACCCUAAUAAAGAACGCCUGUCCUAGGAUUCAAACAAUCGGACCCAUUCUUAUCGUGAAUAUCUGCUAAUGGGAGACUCACUAACCACUCCAGGGUUGGGGGUCUAAUUACAUUUCAAUUAGGAUAUGAAUUGGAAUUCUACCCAUGAUCAAUGCAAUCCAUUUUGGGAACUAGCCAGCUGGAGUUGAAAUUUAAUUGACACCAACUUGUUACUUGAAUCUGAACAGAAAGACCGUGCAGAAUUCUAAAUAUUUUUAGCAUGGCUUAUUAAAGUGUCAAAUAAUUUAAUUGGAUAUGCUGAAAUGAAGGUUGUUGAAACAACAGCAAUCAAGAAUUCCUCUCCUAAGUUUUUGUGCACUGUCUGGCUUUGUAUGGAGCAAUGUAUUAAGGGAUAUACAGUUGAAGUCAGAAGUUUAGAUACACCUUAGCCAAAUACAUUUAAACUCAGUUUUUCACAAUUCCUGACAUUUAAUCCUAGUAAAAAUUCCCUGUCGUAGGUCAAUUAGGAUCACCACUAUUUUAAGAAUGUGAAAUGUCAGAAUAAUGGUAGAAAGAUUUUUCUUUCAUCACAUUCCCAGUGGGUCAGAAGUUUACACACUCAAUUAGUAUUUGGUAGCAUUGCCUUUAAAUUGUUUAACUUGGGUCAAACGUUUCCGGUAGCCUUCCUCAAGCAUCCCACAAUAAGUUGGGUGAAUUUUGGCCCAUUCCUCCUGACAGAGCUGGUGUAACUGAGUCAGUUUUGUAGGCCUCCUUGCUCGCACACGCUUUUUCAGUUCUGCCCACAACUUUUCUAGAGGAUUGAGGUCAGGGCUUUGUGAUGGCCACUCCAAUACCUUGACUUUGUUGUCCCUAAGCCAUUUUGCCACAACUUUGUAAGCAUGCUUUGGGUCAUUGUCCUUUUGGAAGACCCAUUUGCGACCAAGCUUUAACUUCCUGACUGAUGUCUUGAGAUGUUGCUUCAAUAUAUCCACAAUUUUUCUUCCUCAUGAAGCCAUCUAUUUUGUGAAGUGCACCAGUUCCUCCUGCAGCAAAGCACCCCCACAACAUGAUGCUGCCACCCCCGUGCUUCAUGGUUGGGAUAGUGUUCUUCGGCUUGCAAGCAUCCCCCUUUUUCCUCCAAACAUAACGAUGGUCGUUAUGGCCAAACGGUUAUAUUUUUGUUUCAUCAGACCAGAGCACAUUUCUCCAAAAAGUACGAUCUUCGUCCCCAUGUGCAGUUGCAAACCGUAGUCUGGCUUUUUUUAUGGCAGUUUUGGAGCAGUGGCUUCUUCCUUGCUGAGCGGCCAUUCAAAUUAGGUCUCUAUAGGACUCAUUUUACUGUGGAUAUAGGUACUUUUGUACCUGUUUCCUCCAGCAUCUUCACAAGGUCCUUUGAUGCUCUUCUGGGAUUGAUUUGCACUUUUCGCACCAAAGUACGUUCAUCUCUAGGAGACAGAAUGCAUCUCCUUCCUGAGCGGUAUGAGGGCUGCGUGUUCCCAUGGUGUUUAUACUUGCGUACUAUUGUUUGUACAGAUGAACGUGGUACCUUCAGGCGUUUGGAAAUUGCUCCCAAGAAUGUACUAGACUUUUUGAGGUCUACAAUAGUUUUUUCUGAGAUCUUGGCUGAUUUCUCUUGAUUUUCUCAUGAUGUCAAGCAAAGAGGCACUGAGUUUGAAGGUAGGCCCUGAAAUACAUCCACAGGUACACCUCCAAUUGACUCAAAUGAUGUCAAUUAGCCUAUCAGAAGCUUCUAAAGCCAUGACAUAAUUUUCUGGAAUUUUCCACACUGUUUAAAGGCACAGUCAACUUAGUGUAUGUAAACUUCUGACCCACUGGAAUUGUGAUACAGUGAAUUAAUCUGUCUGUAAACAAUUGUUGGGAAAAUGACUUGUGUCAUGCACAAAGUAGAUGUCCUAACCGACUUGCCAAAACUAUAGCUUGUUAACAAGAAAUUUGUGGAGUGGUUGAGAAACAAGUUUUAAUGACUCCAACCUAAGUGUUUGUAAACUUCCGACUUCAACUGUAGGAGGGUAUGUUAAAAUACCAUGUCUCCUGUUCAACCAUGAUAAGUAUGUGCCAGAAUGUAAACAAAUGAAAAUGACUGUGUGCUCUAAAAUACCUUGUGCUGCUUACCUAACCUGUUUUUGUUUAGCAUACAGUAAAUAUGUUUUAAAGUUAUCUUACUCACUGCAUAACUACAACAAAAGUUUAUCCUGGCCCAAGAUAACUGCAGGGAUAUCUGGAGCACCCUUGCUCCCAAAAACUGGGGGUUUACAGCAGGAUAUGCUGAUUGUGGAGCUGGAGACAAAACAAAAUAUUGAUUUUAAGAAAUUUGAAAGUACAUGAGUACUAAUGAUGUUUCAGUUGUGUGGAAGUAAUGGCGUGAAUUUGUCAGUAUUUGAAAUAAACUUUUACAUGAAUAUCAA